AUGAUGUCCAACGCAAACAAGAACCUAUUGCCCACCCAAGCCGCCUCUGCCCCUGCAGUCCCACCUAGCGGUAUGAAAAAGGAACGGAGACGCGCCAAGCGCAAGACAUCUUCUUCCUCUUCCAGCAAGGACGAAGCCCCCAUGUUCCUGCGCAAGGCCUUUCACAUUGUCAACACAUGUGAUCCCACCGUUGCCGCUUGGAGCGAAGACGGUUAUUCCUUUUACGUCAAGGAUCAAGAUCGUUUCGCGAGUGAAAUCAUUCCCAAAUGUUUCAAGCACAACCACUUUUCCUCCUUUGUCCGCCAAUUGAACUUUUACGGCUUUCGCAAGCUGCGAGAAGACCACGUUGAGCUGGACAAUGUCGACGAGUCCAAAUCCAAGUGGUGCCACUUUCGGCACCCCAAGUUUCAACGGGGGCGCCCGGACCUCUUGCGAGAGAUUUCCAAAAACACCCACAAGGAGGUUGCGGAAAAGACCGAGCUUGAUGCUCUGCGAGCUGAAGUCAAGGAUCUAAAAGCUUUGGUCCAAACCAUGAAGAAGGACAUGGGUGUUUUGGCUACUCUGGUUGGUGACUUGAGCCACCAAACAAGGCUUCAAACAGCUACAUCGACAACCACUUCUCAACCUCCCCUUAAGAAAAUGCGACUGGAAGUUGAGCCUCUGAAGCCGGAUAUUGCCAAGUCAGCUAUUCCUGCGGUUCCUGUCAAACCAGUUGCGUUUGGCGGUGAAAGAACGGCAUCAGGACUUUCUGCCGUCACCUUCAACUCGGAAGAUGAAGAGUUCAUCACCUCUCUCUUCACAGAGGAAGGAUUUGAUGACACCUUGGACAUUCCAGACGCCAUUGUUUCCUAA